GCUUGAACUCCUGGGUUGAAGCGAUCCUCCCACCUCAGCCUCCUGAAUAGCUGGGACUGCAGGCACAUGCCACCAUGCCUGGUAAAUUUUUUAAUUUUUUUUUAGGAGAUGGGGUCUCACUAUAUUGCCCAAGCUGGUCUCAAACUGUUGGCCUCGUGAUCCUCCCACCUUGGGUUCCCAAACAGGUGGGAUUACAGAUGUGAGCCACUGUACCCAGGCAAAAGAUAACUUUGGAACACCAACUGAAAAUGUUACUUACAAUGAAUCCUAUAUCCUCAUUCUCAUUUACUUAUUUGGAUGGAGUUUCCUGAAAUUUGUCUCACUAUCAUCUAGGAUCCUUUUUCUUUCUCCAACUGGGAGAUUGUGUCUGGUUUGGAAACUGCAAGCCCUGCUCAGGAAAAGGGAAAAGACCCAAGGUACACACCCAGUCCCCAGGUGAUCAUCAGGCCCAGGUGAAAACUCAGGGCUUAGGUGCACAUCCGGCCUUAAGUGGACACCCAGGCCCCAGGUGAUCACCAGUCCCCAGGUGGACACAAGGCCUUAGGUGAACAACAAGACCUGGUAGGCCAUCAGGCCCCAGCUGGAUACAGUCCCCAGGUGAACACAAGGCCCCCAGAGGGACAUAGGCCCAAGGCAGACAUCAGGCCCUAGGUGGACAUCAGGCCUGAGGACAUCCGGCCCCUGGUGAACAUCAGGCACAGGUGUCCAAACAGGCCCUGGGUGGACAUAACUGUGGACAGGUAAGGAGUUGACCUGGGGGGAGGGUGAGCAGUCAGCAGCCCAGUGGAGUCCUGAGUAGGUCUUAAGGAAGGAGGGGGCCGAGGGGACAGAACCUUAAAGAAGCGACCUCACUUCCUUGAUGAUGACACACACGAACAGAACUUAGAACUCUGGUAACCAGGCGCCCAUAUCCUAGAGUCAGUGCCGUAACCAGCUCACUUGGUGGGAGACGCUCAAGAGAGCAAGAUGUUCUCAUGUUGCUUCCCCACUUCGAGAGGUUGCUGCUUCAGGAAUGGCAGGAGUGACAGCCUUUUCCGACGAUGCCAAAGAAGGCUCAUCUCUCACCCCAGAUGCCUGUGGCCCUUUGUAAGAAGGUGCACCCAGGUACCACGGGGCAGCCCGGGGCAGGUCCUAGCAGGCCAGGCCACACCAGAGAUCCCAUCGGGGCUGCAUCUGCACAUUGUCCCUGUCCAGGAGGAGAUUCGGGAGCCCAUGGAGGCACAGACACAUGCUCCUGGUCAAUAUGCAGAAAUAGCAACACCUGCGGCACCAGCUGUAGAGCCAGAGCCAGCAUGGGAAGAGCCCCCUCCAGAGAGAGUGCUGGAGCUGGAGGGAGCUCCAGCCAAGGACCAGAUCAAGGAGGAUCUGCCUGAAAUCAUGGCACCUACUGUAGCCACUGGCCUUAGCCCUGGAGCUGAAAGUGUGGGUGGAGAGAGAAGUGGAAGGGAAGGGGUGACUAGCACAGCUUCAGCCAGCAGCUCCCAUGCUGCCCCUCAUCCUGGGCAUGGUGGCAAACAUGGAGGUGGGGACCAGGGCAUUCAAACUGGACGACUGUACGUUGCUGGAAAGGAGCUUCUCUCAUUCAUUAGAACCACAGCCCUGCUGCUGCAGUGCCUGUUUGUUGUGCUAAUACUGCUGGGGUAUAUCCUUGAGCAGAAGGUGCUCAAAAGCAUUAAAAGAAGGCUGGGAAGAAGAGUUCCAGUAGCUCCUCCUGCUCUCAGACGCAAUCUCCUCUGCCAGGCAUGGAUGCGUGUCUGCAACUGGGCAUCCAGGCUGUUUGCCCCUAAUGUGCUGCCCCGAAUGGGCUCUUAACAGGUGGGCAGGGGUUGGGGGGACCAGGAGGUGGCUCCAAAGGGUACAACAAGGAAAGCUUUUAAAGACAGCUGUUGUGCCCCAGGCUCCCCAUGCCACCACCUGCCCUACCAUUUAUUAAUAGUGUUAGAAUUACAAGUUUAUGAAAUGAAAUAUAAAUAAAGUUUGAUUUCUGAAA